AUGAAAUUCGACAAACUCAAUGAUUUGUCUGACUCAGAUAAGGGGGAAACCCCCCGCCCUCAGAAUCUGCUGAAUUUCAGUAGAGAUAAGGUCGUAAGCAUUUUAAUGACCCAUUCUUGCCGACUCCAUGAACUAUUGUAAGCUUGUUGUAGCAGCGACGACAAUGCUAAACUUUACACUUUCGUUAGCCACAGGUUACAGUCUCAGGCUACUCUGCGAUACAAAUUCUGUUUUUAAAAUAUUAUUGUAAAUUGCAACUUGUUUCCGGGUUGUUAAACAAGAAGUGACGCGAGGUUUAGGACACAUCAAAAUGAAAACAAAUAAAUAGUCUAAAAAAACAAUGAAAAGUGGAAUCCUGAUUUUGCGAACCACGUUGGGAGAAGUAAUCGAUUCUAAUAACCAGGAAGUUUGAAAACUCGAGGGCAAUUUUAUACAGCAUGCAGUGUUUGACUGGUGAAGGGAAGUUACGUUUGGUUUGAAUUACCGAGAAUUUUGAAAAUUAACCCGAGGGUUCGAGAAAGUGGGAUCAAAAUUCAUCAAAAUUCAUGGUGGGUUAUUAAGACUUGCAACCCAUCCUAAUAUUUACACACCAUUUCUUGGCAUAAAAAGGUCAUAAACGGUCACGUGAAAAUACAAGGCUGACGUCAUCGCCCACGUCCUCAAAUUGCACCAUCACAUCAAGCACUCUCGCGAGUCAUUCAUUAAAUCAUACACUCGCGCUAUUAUGGUACGAUGUCGUAUCAAAGUUAUAACACUGUUUUAAAAACAGUGGAACAAAACGAGAGUUUUUAAAUAUCCGACUUUCGGGGGAAGGGGUUAGCAUACAGCGACGUCUUGGAGUAAACUGUGCAGCAUAUUUGCUUUGCGGAGGUGAACAGCUAACCGAUGAUAUUCGCCAGAGAGUUGCUAAACAUGAACAGUUGGUAAGUUCACUUGAUCCCCAAUUAAUUUAUUGAAACGUAUAUUUGUUUUCUUAUUUUCAGUUUAUUGAGUCAUAAAGCUUCAGAGAAAGCCUGUAGUCUGGAAAAAGUCUCUCGGAAGACGUAGACUGCAGCUUCGAUAGACAGUUAGGGUCCCGGAAUAUAUUGGAGCAAGUAUUUAUUAAUAAGUACGCUGAAAAUAUCACUGGCAAAUGAUAAGGUAAGAAAAGCGAGCGCCGAGACUGAUACAAUAUCUUGGGUAAACUCGUAGAAUCUCAAACAUUUCAUUUUCCCUUAAACACUAGGUUUAUUUUAUUUUUUUUUUAUGAUUUUGAUUGUCCUUGUUUUUGUGACGGCAAAGUCCCACAAAGUCCUACGAAAGGACCCACGAGGAUGGAUGACACAGGUGCAUCAUUUGCAAAAACAAUGGUGAACUUCAGCUGAUGUGUUAUGAUUAUUAACAAACUAGUGAUCCUUUUUCAAACGCCUCUAAGUUUAUUCAGUACAAACGAAAUCGGGGGUGGAACAAAAAAAACUAAUGGACUGACUCGUUCUUCUUUGCCUUUUUUCUGACAAAUAUACAAUAAUCAUUUCCUAUUUUAACAUGUACACGAUGUAUUCUUAGACAAGUGUGCAUCAUUGAUUUUGCAUCAGUAGUUACUUGGUAAAGCAAGUUUAAAUUAAAUUACGAAUAUUGCCCAUUCAUGCUCAACGCAAGAUUUUAACAUUGAUGUUAUAAACUUUCUUUUAUACAUGGUUAAAAGCCUCACCACCAUAAGAAGAGACGGCACGGAACCUCGCAGACGAGUAAUACUCCGUCUAUGCUAAAACAAGAAAUAGCGUUUAUUUUUAGAAUUUUUUGUACGUUUAGAAAACAACAGAACUAAAAUAUGCAUAUUACGUACAACGUUUUUACCAACAGGUGUAUGUCUAUUGAUAUUUACUCCCUUUUGUCCGCUUUUGCACUUACGAUGUAUUAUCCGUCUAAGCUGGGAAGGAAUUCUCAUACUGGGGUAGAGAAGGUAACAAGCGCAUCAACCAUUGAGAUUUCUUUACGUAAAACACAAUUAUUCUGCCAGAAAAGAUUGAAUGUUCGAAUUGGUUUUAAAAUCUAAGCUAAACGAAAAUCACGAAAGCAUCAAAUCUGGUUAAAUCGUGAAACAAAAGUACUGAAAACGAAAGAAAACAAGACUCGACAGACAUCGAAUAAGAAGAGUGGAUAUCUCUAGCUUGGAACACUCAAUACAAUAUAAUAACUUUAUUAUCUGUCCCGAAGGGGCUAUUCUGAGAUAAUUUACAAAGGAAUAAUACUUACCUUAAGUUACAAGCAUCCGUGGUAUUAAAAAUACGAACUACUUGUUCUUCUACAUACUUAGGCUUAUCGCAACUGAAAACUAAAUGUACGAACUUCAGUAAAAGCGAGAAAAACAUGAUCUAUUUAUUAACAGUCAGCCGAUGAAAUCAAUGUCAUUGGUUCAAAAAGAAACAUUGUCUUGCAAGUCGCAAUAUGUUUGGCGGGAAACCAUUGGUUCACAACACGUGGUUUCGGUCGCAGUUCGUCUAAAGACGAGGAACAAGAU